GUGUCAAACGCACUCACGGGUGAAUACAACCUUAAAACAUUUACACCGCCUAACCGCGGUUGCAGCGAUAGUAGAUUUUCUUCGUUCACCAUUCCGGGAAAAAUAGAAAAAAGUGUGGUUCCGCCACCGGUGGUUGGGUUGCGGAGUGUAUAUCCCACUACUGGUGCUUCGCCAACCUUCAAAACGGAAGAUCUCAGGCAAACGGGGACAGAGUCUCGCGCCACGGGGAGGGAAAAUUUAAUCCCCCCCGCUAGCCGACGCUGGGUCCCUCCAUCUCUGAGACCGCAUCAUGGACUCACAGAAGAAGCCAGAAUUGAUUCGAUUUUCCGAAAAGUUCGCGGUAUUCUAAAUAAACUUACACCAGAAAAAUUCCAGAAGCUUAGCGACGAGCUGCUGAAAUUAGACCUUAACUCGUCAAAAAUUCUCAAUGGAGUUAUCCUACUGAUUUUCGAUAAAGCCUUGGAUGAACCGAAAUACUCGUCUAUGUACGCACAACUGUGCAAACGCAUCGAAAAAGAACUAGAAACCGAUAUCGAUAAGAACAAAUCGGGGACAUUUUUACAAAUUUUGCUCAACGUCUGUCGCGAUAAGUUUGAAAAUCGCGUACAGUAUAGUGAGAAGAUCAUUAACUCGGAAAGCACUCUUACCGAUGAUUUGGAGGAAAAGAAAAAUGUUGCAAAACAGAAAAUAUUGGGCAAUGUUAAGUUUAUCGGCGAGUUGUACAAGUUGGAUAUGUUGGCCGAGCCACAUCUGCACAAAAUGCUCCGCUCCUUGUUCACAAACAAGUCCAGCUCGACGACGGAAAAAAAUUGUGAGGACAUGGAAUGUUUGGCCCAACUUAUUCGUACAUGCGGAAAAAAUUUGGAUACAGAGCUGGGAAAACAGCUGAUGGAUCAAUACUUCGAUCGGAUGGAACAGUAUUCAAAUUCGUCAAAGUUUCCACCACGCAUCAGGUUUAUGCUGCGUGAUCUUAUUGAAUUGCGCAAAAACAACUGGACCCCUCGGAAAGUGGCUCUAGUAGAGGGGCCAGCACCCAUACAGGAGUUGAACCAUGAUGAUGACGUUCUUCCACCGUCGUUAAAUCACCUGCGAAACCGGGACCGAGAUUAUCGCAAUAACGAUCGUAGCGAGCAGCGCGAUUGGAUCAGCAAAUUUUCACUGAAUCUACAGCACAUGAACGAAGGAUUCAAUUUGAUGAGUGUAUCCAGUCCUUCAACGUUGCUACCUUCCAGUUAUAAUCAUUCUUCAAAUGGUUACGCAAGUCGUGAUCAUCGAGAUAACGGUGGUGGUGGAAGCAACUAUCGGAUUCACAAUAAUCGCAAUAAUCAGAACAACUACAACAAUAAUCGCUAUAAUAAACAUAACCACCACCAUCAUCAAGGCGCGAGUGGAAACGGUGGUAACGGUAGUUUAAACAAUGGGCCAAGUGCAAAUUCACCCUAUGGAAACAUGAACAUGAUGAACAAUAAGGAUCUGGCUCCGCGAUUCAAACGGAAUCUGAUGACUCCCCCGCAGAACUCAGUCGAAGAGCUCCAGAUGCGGCCAACACCUAAUAGCCUCCUUUUCAAGGCGAAUAUGAACGUAAAGACGCAUCUGCCAAUAUCCUCUUCUGUGGGAGGAAAUACUGUCGGUGGUUCGGUCAACAAGUUAAACUUCAAUACUCAGUCUCUAAGCGAGUAUCCUUCGCCACAUAUGGGCCGCACUUUACUGAGCGAACAGCGCAAUGCAGGUCAAAACAGUGGACCUUCUGCAACCAACGGUAAUUUGAUUGGUAGUGGCACAGGUCUAAUGAACUUUAUUGGUCCACAAAGGAACUCAUUAGGUGCUUCUGGAGGGGCGCCAAGUACAAUGAUUGACGAUAGUAUUUUUAUUUCUGGAGAAUCAAUUGAUGGAGUCAAAAACAAUCCAUCUAUACCUAAUCACUGCAACAGUGUAACUCACCCAGGAGGUCCUCGCGGAAUAAUUCAACAUAAACAACAAAGCAAUUCUCUCCAACAUCAAUUGCCAAAUCACUACAAUAACCAGCAACAAUGUUGUCAAAAUCAUGGCCAUGGCAACAGGGGUGUGACAACAAAAAUAAAAGAAUCCCUAGACUCCAGUAUGGAUGGAAAUAAGAAUGCCUACAUAAUUAAAAAUUAUAACCAUCAACAAACAGUCCUUCUGGAAGAGGAUACGACUCGACCGCUGAGCCAAGACAGCAUCGCAUUACAUACAUCUCCCAAUCCUUUAGCAACGCAGGCAAAACCCAUGAAAGAACAAGUAAUCGUUAGUAAAUCAAGUUCAUCUGAGAAUAAGGCGGAGAAGAAAAUCAAACGAGAGAAAGGACCAGGCAAAGAAGAGUACAUGAAACGUGUAGUAACGUUUGUCAAUGAUGUUAUGGUUGCAAAUAUAGAGCAACAGAUUGAGGAAGAAAAACUGCUACAUCAAUUUGGUAAAACACAGGAGGAAGUUCGUAGUUCCGAUGCAGAAGAAACUAAAACAUUGGUAAAAAAAGUUUUGG